CUAAAGGCCACGUUAUUCAAAGCAGAGAGUCUUGAACUGAGUGGGGCUAGCCACCAGGUAAUCCAACUCAUGUGUUUAGUGGCCUUCAACAUGGGGCGAGCGUUCUUAUUUAGAGUUACUUCCCUUUGAAUUGGUAAAGCGGAAAAUGGCAUGGCUCAGAGAAUGACCGGCAAUGUUUUUGUUUUGUGUUUUCUUUAGAAAUGCGAUUUGUUGAUUUAUUGUUUUAAAGACGAAUAACUCAAGUAUGGAAAGAUCCAAAGCUGCACCCGGGAAGAAGGGUCCCAAACCAAAAGGACACCCUCCGACAGGGGACUUCAUUGCACUUGGUGUGUCGAAGGGAAAGGGUGCUGAGCCUGACACCAAGAGAUCCACCAGUCCUCAGCCAGUCGGGAGAAAACCCACCUCGUCUGCUGACAGGAAACGAGAAGCUCCGGUUGCCACAGCAGCCACUGGGGGACUAGCUCCAAAGAAACCCAAACUUGGUCAAACGUUUAUGCCGCUAGGUCGUCAUGGAGACGUUGAACGGAAAGGAUCCCCAGCUACAGUUAUUUCUCUUCAGUUUGAAGAGACAGCUAUUGAUGUGGACCCAUGUGAGGUGUUGGAUCAGUUGCUGGUGGCGGAGGAGUCUGGGAGUGACGAGAGGAUCGAGGGACUGCUGUGUGGAGCUGUCAAGUCGCUACGAUCAAACCGAGCAAAGCCUGACCCAGCUGUUUUCCUCUCACUGAUGUAUCUUGCCAAAACACGGCCCACCCUCUUCUGUAGUGAAGUUGUAAUUGAAGCUUUCUGCAGCUUGUUGAAGCGAGACAUGUCCCUGAACUUCAAGGCCAAGGGGAACCCCUUGGUGUCAGUUGCUGGCUGCAAUGUGCUCUAUGCUGCCUUCAUUGAAGAGGAGAACUGGCCUGAUGACUUUGUCAAAGUAUAUGUAGAAGACUCACUUGGUGAACGUGUCUGGGUUGACCGAGAUGACUGCAAAGGCUUUGUUGACAACAUUCUGACUGCCUUCUGCACCAAGAUGCCCCCUAAGAGCAUGCUGGUAGCAGCCGACCCACCUAAAGGGGAAUCUCCAGGAUCAGCCAGUCCAGUGUUGCACUUGUUUGAGGAGGACGAGGGCUCCAAGGGCUCCGACGGUGGGGACAGCGAGAAGAGCUCUGUAUCAGGAACAGACAGCGACAGUACCAAUGUCUUUCAAAGGUUUCCUUAUCAACAAGACAGCAUAGAAUCCUACAUCAUGGAACUGAUCCGUGAGCAGCUGAUCCGCCGCCAGCCUAUGGAUGCUUCUGCGCGUAACCUGAUCCGUCUGAUGACCGUGACAUGUGGCUAUGGUGAGGUCCGAGCUCUGACUGCCCAGCGUUUGGAAAUGUGGCUUCAAAACCCCAAGCUGGCCCGCACAGCCCAGGAUCUGCUGAUGUCUGUGUGCAUGAACUGUAACCAGGCAGACCACAGUGACCUGGAUGUCAUUGCACAGCUCAUCAAGAUGAGGAUGAAGACUAAACCACUCAUCAAUCACUAUGCCAACUGUAUGAGAGAGCUGAUGUUACAACAUCCAGACAACCUGCGUAUCGUCCUGACACACACCAUCUACAACGAGUUGUCCCAGACCCGCAAUCCGAACAACAUGUCCCUUGUGGCCGUCACAUUCCAGAUCUCUCCUGAACCUGCAGCCAAGAUCCUGGCAGAAAUAUUCCAGGAUUUGUUGGCUAACAAGGAUGAUUACCUGCGAGCCCUACGAGCGCUGUUGCGGGAGAUUGUUCGUACACUUCGACAUGACAUGAACUUCACUGCCUUCUGUCUGGGGCUCAUGCAGGAGAGGUCAGAGGCAAAGUUCACUGACCUUGAACCAGCAUUUAAGGAGAGGUUUGUGAUGUCGAUCGCAGACCUCAUCACUCUCAGUGUGCUGAUGGGCAUCACUCCGGGAGUCCGGGAGGCGGUAGCAUCACUCUCCAGGGGAGAACACAAAGACCUGGAGACCUUGCAGCAGUUCAAACAACAGGUUGCCAUUAUACAGCGUGACGCCAUCUGGUGGCUGCACACAGUUGUUCCCAAGGCCAUGGACAUAAAGGCUGCAGAGUAUGUUCACUGUCUGCACAAGGUGUUGUUCAUGGAGGAGGCCCAACAUUACUAUAACAAGGACAACUGGCCGACCGAGGGAGACCGCACGAUGAUGCUGCGACUGGCGGCGGAGGUGCCUGUGAUGGAGGACUCCCUGAUGCGGGUCCUGCUGAUUGGCUUGUCCCGGGAACUGCCUCUCAGUGCUGCUGAUGCUGUGGAGCUGGCAGACCAGCUCAUCCGGCGGGCAGCCCCUCUGUACCUCGGAGCGGGUAUGCAGGUUCUGCAGGUGUUGAGACUGGAGCUAAUUGAUGCCCUUCUUAACCUGUGUGCUUACAGACACCCAGAGAACAUCGGCCUUCCUAAAGGGUACCAGCCCCCUACUCUGGCCAUAUCCGCUCUGUACUGGAAGGCCUGGACGAUGCUGGUAGUCAUCAGUGCUUUCAACCCCAGUACAUUUGGUCUCUCAGCAUGGGAAAACUACCCAACUCUGAAGUGUCUGAUGGAGAUGGCCAUGACAAACAACUUCAAGUUCCCUCCGCCAACCACGGCAACUGAUGAUAAGGUGAUUGAUGAGAUCAAGAACCGGGAGCGUCAGAUUGCACAGCAGGAGGUGCAGCAGAUACUUGAGUUUGAGAGCCACCUGGCUGCCGCCACCAGCAAAGUGACCAUCACAGAGGCCAACAGUCUUCUCCUUGACCAACUUACCACCAUGGACCCCAAUGGUAUUGCGCGAUGUCCCCCAGCCAAAGUGCUGGACCAGAUGUCCAGUCUGUGCAACACCCUUAAGGUCGGUCAGAUGCUGUGUCGGAGCCGGAAUCCUGACUUCCUACUGGACAUCAUACAAAGACAGGGGACGUCCCAGUCCAUGCCGUGGCUGGCGGAGCUGGUGGAGUCGAGUGAGGGCUCCUUGGACGUGCUGCCUAUCCAGUGUUUGUGUGAGUUCCUGCUGCAUGAGCCGCCCGAGUCCACCGACACAGGGGACUCCGACGUCAUCAAAGCCGAGAAGUACAGGAGGAAAGAGAAACUGAAGAAGCAGCGACAACUUCUGAGCCGCCUGCAGGAGAUGGUGCAUGGGACGUCCUCCGACUCAUCAACAAUGUUCCAGGUCCUUGACUACUUCCUCAAGCGGCUGUCUUCCACCCAGUCUGUGUCUCGAUCUCAGGCCAUCAAGGGAUUGUCGAUGGUUGUGUCUAAGUCAGCCUCUAGUCCUGAUGACAAGGAAGAAACCAAGAUGGAUGUUGAUGGUGACAACAGAACCAACGAUUGGCUGUUGAAGGAUCUGCCAUCCCUCCCGCUGUUCCAGGAGGUGAAAGGUCAAACUAGUAUGGCACUUCGACAGGCCUGCCAGAUAGAGACGGAUCCGAGUUUGGUCAGUUCCUACAUCAUCUUCCUGUCCCAGCAUUCCCUGGACCAGAAUCUCUAUGACCUCGACAACCUGGCCUCUGAUGUGGCUCAGCUGAUAGUAGAGAGGACAUCGGUGAUCAACCACAUCCUACCAUGUGAGACCAACCCCUGGACACCAUCGCAGGAUGUCACCCUCGUCGCCCUCAUCAGCCUUUAUGUGAACUACCUCAAGAAGGCCCGGGAGCAAGACCUGGGGUACUUUACAUGGUCUAACACCCAGGACCAGAUCCUGCUACAGUGGGAGUCGGGAGAGUCUGCCACAAUGUUCAUCCUGGUCGUACAUGCCAUGAUCACACUGCUCACCUACGGACCACCCACAGGUGACAGUCAGUACUACGAGCUGUUGGAAACAUGGUUUCCCAAGGAAGGACAUCUCCCAUCAGCCUUCCUACUGGACACAUCCGAGGAGGCGUUGCUGCUCCCUGAUUGGCUGAAACUCAGGAUGAUACGCUCCAGUGUGGACCAACUUGUCAACUCAGCUCUGCAGGAACUGGAACCAGCCCAGCUGUUGCUGUUUGUCCAAUCGUUCGGGAUCCCUGUGGCCAGCAUGAGCAAGCUGUUGACCUGUCUGGACAAUGCUGUGGGUUUAGACCCCACAGGGCUAGAGCAGGCUGUGCUGGACAAGGUAUACAUGGCCCAGUUGAUUGAGAUCCAGCACAAGAGAGGGGCCAAAGGAGGGGAAAAGUUCAAUCUCAUGUUGACUCAACAUCUGCCUCAACCCAAACAAGGACCAAAUACAGAGGGGAUGGACACUGGGGUCAUUGGCUACCCCCCGGUGGCAGAUCCGGAAGGUGGAGGAGGUCACACUCCCGUGGGGGAGACCCAACAUGAUACCCUGCCUGCUGGAGGUACAAUUGCAAUCUUUGACCCAAGCGGAACGUCCAACCCAAGAUCCAACAAGUUGUAUCAAGCACUCAUCAAGUCAAUAUCUAGUGAGCAGGCCAAAGCUGCUGAGGUGAUCACCACGAUGCACAAGAUCCUGGAAUCAACAAAAGGUGCCGAGUUUGCAGCGCGUCUUUAUGAGACAUCUUCCAGAUCAGGACCACUUCUCAAGUUGCUCAUAUCUAAACAGACAUCACUCUCUGAUGCUGUGAGGAGGAUGGUGGAACGCCUGGCUGUCUUCACACCGGGACGAAGAAGUCCACUCCUGUCGGUCAUCAAGCAGUUCUUGGAAGCUGGUAAAACAUCAGGAUCAGAGAGUAAGACCAAAGAAAGAACUCAGAUGAAACUGGAGAUGUUUAAAACUGGUGGGAAAGUGGAUCCUAACAAGCUCACACAAGGUAGAAUGCAGACUCAGACCACCAGGCGUCAUGGAAACCGUCCGCGGAAGUCAAGGCGCCGCUCCCCAGGUCGGACGCAGAGGAAGCUGCGAAGGCCGUCACACAGAUCGAUCAUCGUCCAGAAGGGCGUCGAGGACUAUUCAAGAGCUUCGCUGGCCGUCAACAUUCUCCUCGCAGAUCUGGGUCUUCCCAUAGAAGGCGCAGAUCACCUAGAGCGAUCUCCGCGCCGUUCACCACGCCGAUCUCCACGUGCAUCACCUGCGCGGGUCAUCACACAAGUCGGCACACAGGUCUACACUCAGAGGAGAAAAGGUUCAGAGCGGCGGAAGGAGCCCUACUUGCUGGCGCUGCUCACUCACCAGUGUAACUGGGGCACAGUCAACAGGUGUAUCACCAGGAUCCUCAACAACACAGACAAGAGAUGGACAGUUCGCGAGGACAUUCUGUCGCCCGACCAUCAGCCAGGUGAUAUGUGGUGGUGGACUACAUCCUGGAAGAAGCUGGUGACACUAGGAAAACAACUGCAGCCAUGUCCUCCAAUCCUGCUGGUGCCCUGA